AUGUCAGAUUAUUCUAGCAGUGAAAAAGCUGCUGCGAAUACCAAGGAAUAUGGUCCUCCGGACGAUGGAGUCUUUGAGCAUAGCUCAAGUUCCAGUUUUAAGAAUAAAAGUACUAAUGAUAUGGAGAGCUUGCAUUCACAGAUUGCGCAACCUGGACAUGGUGAACGAGGGAAUAUAUUGUCUCAGUAUUCUGAAGAUCAAGUGAUGCAGAUGGGUAGGAAUUAUGCGCUCAAAUAUGAGCUUGAUCCAGAUUUGUUUUCUAGAGCAGCUGCUUUAGCACGUACACCAAGCGAUUUCAAUUCGAUGCCAUUUCUUUCAGAGGAAGAAAAAAUAGGUUUGAACCUAGAAUUAACGAAGAAAUGGCACGUGCCAUCGAAGCUAGUACAAGUUAUUGCCCUAGGAUCGAUGGCCGCAGCAGUUCAAGGUAUGGACGAAUCAGUUAUCAACGGAGCUGUUUUGAUGUACCCUAAGGCGUUUGGAGUUGAUAAAUUGGCAGACCCCGAAUUGAUUGAAGGUUUAGUAAACGGAGCUCCUUAUUUGUGUGCAUCAUGUUUGGCAUGUUGGAUGUCUGAUAUAUGGAACAGGAAGCUAGGAAGGAAGUGGACAAUCUUCUGGACAUGCGUAAUAUCUGCUAUUACCUGUUUUUGGCAAGGGUUUGUCAAUACAUGGUGGCAUCUCUUCAUUGCUAGAUUCUUCUUAGGAUUUGGUAUCGGGAUUAAAUCUGCCACUGUGCCUGCUUAUGCUGCCGAGUGUACUCCAAAACAUAUUAGGGGUGCCUUGGUGAUGUUGUGGCAGUUUUUUACCGCUGUUGGAAUCAUGUUUGGUUAUGUCGCUUGCUUAGCAUUCUAUUAUGUUCCUGAUCGUAGUUUUGGGACUGGUCUCAAUUGGAGACUAAUGUUAGGUUCUGCUUGUAUUCCUGCAAUAAUCGUUUUGCUUCAAAUACCAUUUGUACCAGAGUCACCUCGUUGGCUUAUGGGAAUAGAUAGACACAAGGAUGCUUUUGAAUCUUUGACUCAACUUCGUCAUGAGAGAAUAGCUGCAGCUAGAGACUGUUUCUAUCAAUACGUUUUAUUGAAGGAAGAAGCUUCUUACAAGGGAAUCCCCACUUGGAAACGUCUCAUUCAAAUGUUCACUAUCAGAAGGAACAGAAACGGUGCACUUGGUGCUUGGAUUGUCAUGUUCAUGCAACAGUUUUGUGGAAUUAAUGCCAUCGUUUAUUAUAAUUCCACUAUUUUUAUUGAAAGUGGUUUCAGUGAAGUGCUGGCAUUGGUUGCUUCAUGGGGGUUUGGUAUGAUUAACUUCCUUUUUGCCAUACCAACCUUCUAUACUAUUGACACCUAUGGUAGAAGACAGUUGUUAUUAAUAACCUUUCCUUUAAUGGCAAUUUUCUUAUUAUGGACAGCCUUUGGAUUCCUUGCUGAAGAGGGCCUGCAAACUAGGAUUGGGAUUGUUGCAAGCGGUAUUUAUAUAUAUGCAUGUAUUUACUCGGCUGGUGAGGGUCCUGUUCCAUUUACUUACUCAGCUGAGGCAUUCCCGUUGUAUAUUCGUGACUUAGGAAUGGGCUUUGCUACUGCUACAUGUUGGUUCUUCAAUUUCAUUUUGGCUUUUACAUGGCCAAAACUUGUCAAAUCGUUCACUUCCACUGGCGCAUUUGGCUGGUACGCAGCUUGGAAUGUUGUUGGAUUCUUUUUAGUUUUGUGGUUCUUGCCAGAAACUAAAGGUUUAACUUUGGAAGAAUUAGAUGAAGUUUUCUCAGUAAGUGCAAUGAAGCAUGCAAAGUGGCAGACUCAACACUUACUAAAUGCACUUCAAAGGGUCAUCCUCAGACGAAAGAUUGAUCCUUUGCCUCCCCUUUAUGCUCAUCAAAGAAUGGCCGUCACUCAUCCUGAUUGGAAUGACAAGGCUGAGGUAACGCAUGUUGAUUAG